AUGGCCAGCGCAGGGUUCAGCCUGGCCAGCAAUGGUGCCCACCACCAACCACACUCGUCGCGUUUCCCGCUUCCAAGGCUGUCGCUAUUCUCCCACCCACCUCAAACCCCCACGCAUGCCCGGCGCGAACGCCGCGGAAGGGCGUCCGACGCUGACUCCGAGUCUGAGGAAAGUCCCUCAGAGACACCGAGGCCUCUGCGAAAGAAGCACCAGCACGCGGACACCAAGUCUGUGGAGAAACCAGCGGGGGUAGAGAGCCCACGGCGGGCCGACACGGUGGGGAAUGCGGACGACGGAUUCGAUGCGGAGGGCUUCCUCAGCGGGAUCGACCUGCGCGCGCAGAUGGCUGCUUGGGAACGCUUGAAGAGCCGUGGAUCUGGGAGGCGGUCGGGUCGUGGAGAUGGAAGAGGACGCGGGCGGGGUCGCGGGCGGGGAGCAGCACCAGGAAGGAGUCGUAGCGGUACUGGGGAAGGAGGAAGUGCUGUUCGAGAAGGCGAAGGACACGGAGAUGGAGAAGGAGGCGGAGGCGGAGAUGACGAGGUUCAGGCGUCAGCACCGCCGACGAUGCCGUCGCCCAGACGGAAGACGGCGAAGCAGAGGACGGCAGCCGCGAGGCUCGCAAGGCAGCGGAAUCUCGCUGCGAAGAGGCAUGACGCUGACGACGUUCACGCGGAGGACGGUUACGGGGAUGGGAAUGGGUGCAGGGACAUGGAAGACAUUCAGCUGCUGGAUGCCGAGCCGCCACCGCCUCCGCAGCCAGCAUCACAGCCCAAACCAUUACCUAGACGAGAGUCACUGCCGAUACCAGAACGAGUAGCGGAACCAACGAAGGCGGAGCGGCCGCGCAUGCCCCUCCCACGUCGGGCUGUGGUACUAGGAGACGCGGUUCUGGGGGGGACGGAUGUGAUGGUCGCGCGUAGUCCGGCUCGUAAACCCCUUCCGCGUGUCUCGAACUUCAACGCGAACUCGGAUGGGCGUCCGUAUGAGUCUUCGCGCUCGACGUCUAGGCGCGAGGAUUCGCCGGCAAACGGUGUAGAUGACUCGAUAUCUUCGCAAGAGGACGACGACGACGAAGAGCAGGGAGAAGAAGAGGCCCAGCUACCGCCGACGCUGAAGAUCGGACCUCCGCGUGGCAUUCGGCGCGAUGAGGGGAAAGGGAAACCUCUUCCGAGAUCGACCAGCGUGGGCGUAGUCAAUCCGCCCGCAGGGGCGGGGGCGCAGGCAGAAGCGGACUCGGCGUCUAAUCCCGUCGAAGUCGAAGCUACCUCUCCUCCGGUUCCACCGCCUCGAACUACGCCUGCGCAGGCCUCGCGACUGCACGCUCCGGAAGGAGAAGAGCGCUCUGGAGGCCCGUGCCUUUCGAUGGAGUGCGACGCGGAUACGGAUCAUGUCCGGCACAACGCCAACGACGCCGAAUCCCAGUUACGAUCCUCCUCACCGGCGACUCGGACGCCCACUGAGAGCCCUGCUGACAUGCAUAUGCUGAACCCGCUGCUGGACGCCGACCUCAGUUUCGAAGCCAUCGGCGGCCUUGAAGCUACCGAUAUCUACGGCGAAGACGGGGACGACGACGUUGAUUGCGACCUAGACGCGCUCAACCUCGCUUAUCCCGAGGAAGAGGCACCGCCACCACUGCUCCCCCUUCCUCCAGCUACGAUUGGUAUUGACUCGACCAUCAGUACUGGCGCGGCUUUGUCCUGCAAUACGGAAAUACUGAUGGCGUUCGAAGAUCCUGGAGAAGAGGCAGAGAACGGCGAGGACUGGGGCGAGGGCGAGGGCGAGGGCGAGGGCGAGGGCGAGGGCGAGGACGAUUUGUUGAUGUAUCUUGCAUACCCCGAUGAAGGCUCACCUAGUGCUAGCGCGGACACCACGAAUCUGCGGAACUCCCCUUCAGGACCGCCUCCCUCGCCAUCCGCUUCCACCCCCGGCCCCGCGAAGCGGAAGCGCAAACGCAACGGGUGGAUCAAGCGCAAACGCGGCGCGGGACAGCGCGGGCAGAGGUCUCGAGCGCCGCCGGCACCGGUGUCUGCGACAGAGAGCAUGACAUACGAGGAGUGGUGCCGGUCGGUGCUCUCGAGCGUGACAAGCUCCCGGAGGCGAUGCGGUAGCAGCCACGGUAGCACCGUACGUGCUGGCCCCGUUAGUCCCGCGAGUACUAGUGGUGCCGGCGGGAUUGGAAAUUCGAAGGAGGCAGAGGAGGUGGGACGAAGCGGGCGCGAUUGGGAGGGGAAGGAGGCAGCGGGGGAGGGCGUGGCCAGCGUGGAAGCUCCUCCAUCUGAUGACCGGAAGAAACCCUCCGACUCCGAGCCUCUCAAAAUCCGAAUCAAGAUUCCCCUUAGCCUCUCACUCAAAGCGUUGCUCUCACCUCUGCCUUCCCCUCGACCAGACGUUGACUCUCCUUCGCCUUCUACGGCUUCCACGCCCGUUCCUUCCUCUCCUGUACUUGUGCCAGCGAUCACGUCGACGGCUCUCCCCCCAUCCGAGUCAUCUGAAACCGAAGUAGCAGCUGGCUCCCCGUCCUCUUCUACCCCAUUACCAAUACAUAUACAUUUGCCUACGCCGACAUCGACGCCUGCCCCUCCGCCCUCACCGAUCCCUUCUUACGCGCCCCGAACCCCGAUCACCACCAAGCGGCUGCCUGCUGCCUGCGCCGGGCCGCGCUGCAUGAAUCUACUCGCGACGGAACUGGGCUACGGGUGGAAGAUGUGCGAGCCGUGUAGGGCCCAGGCGCGGCGCUACCAGCAUGUAAGAAAAUACGGCGAUGGUGGGCAGGGGCGGUGCUCGAGGAGCGGGAGCGAAGAUGCGAGGGCGAGUGGCGAGAUGGGUGGAGCGGUCCAGGAGGAGAAGGAGAACGGCGGCGGCGAUGGGAGUGUGGGUGCGGGUGUGGAGAAGAAGAGCGUCCGGUUCGCGGACGACGACGAGGUGUUUGUUAUUGAACCCAGGGCUGAGCGGGAUGGCGAAACGGCAGCAACUGAGUCGUAUUCGAACGCGAACCGUCAGUUCACCCCCCACCUCGAGCCUUCGCGCGCGAUGACGCGGUUUCAGACUGUGGAGAAGCUGCUGGAGAGGCUGGACGAGCAGAUGAAGGCGUUCCUCUGUGCGAGGAAUAUGUGGGUCGAGUGGCGGAUGGGGAUGAAAGAAGGGAGGUGGGCGAGCGCCGGUGCAGGUUCUGGCGUAACCGUGGAGGAGCAGAGGGAAUCCCCGACGAGUAAGGAGGGGUCUGGGGUUAGGACUCAAGAGAUCAACAACGGAGUAGCUGAACUUGUAACGGAUGCGAACGAGGUAGAGACGCCCGGCGCUGACAAUGGCGGAAAUGCCGACGACGACUUGGACGCUAGCCGAUGUUAUGCUUCUAUUCGAACGAUGGACGUGGAACCCCCCGCAACCCGCAUAUGUGAGGACAUGCAAAAGGACGGAGAGCUGAAUCAUCUCGAUAAGCCGCUGCUGCGGCUACCCUCCCCUCCAAACGACCCUCCCCGUCUCAACGCUGUGGACGGUCCCUGUGAAGAUAUCCCGCCGUCCAUGCGAAAGCCGUUGUCUCCAUCGCUGAGUCCGCUGCUAGUGCCGCCAGGCCCUGCACGCCCCACCGUACUCACGGGCACGCUAUCGCCCGCCGUCCAAUGCCCCAACCCGCCGCACACAUACACGCUCGCGUCUGCCUUCACCUUCGACGGCGCCUUUUCCAUCGUCGCGCCAUUCUGCGACGCCAAUGCCAAGCACGGGCUCACGACCGCGGGCGUCUGCGCGCGGAUCUGGGGCGUGAAGGAGAUGGUGGAGAGUACCGUCGGGAUCAAGUUCGAAGACCAUACAACCCAUGCGAUCGCUGCUGCGAAGGGGGGGCACGGGGGAGGAAAUGGGGAUGGGGAUGGGGAUGGGGAUGGGGAUCACGGGUAA